AACUUGUCUUUCGAUCAUUCAACAUGAAAUUCAUCAUUGUUUUAUCUGCUCUCUGCGCUGUUGCCUUGGCCGCUGGUCCAAAUGAACCCGUACCAAUUCUAUCUCAAAAUGCUGAGGUGAAUUUCGAUGGUAGUUAUCAACAUAACUUUGAAGCUGGCAAUGGUAUUUCUGCGCAAGAACAAGGAGUGUUGAAAAAUGCUGGCCAGAAGGACGCUGAAGCUGAAGAAGUGCAGGGUGCGUUCAAGUACACUGCCCCUGAUGGUACACCAAUUUCUAUUUCGUAUGUCGCCAAUGAGAACGGAUUCCAGCCGCAAGGUGCUCAUCUUCCGGUUGCACCCACUCCACCACCAAUUCCGGCCGCUAUUGCUCGUGCUCUUGACUGGAUUGCCGCUCAUCCACAGCCACAGGAAGGAAGCAAGAAGUUCUAAGCGCUAAUCUUUUUAUUGGACUGUGAUAUGAUUAGGAAAACAACGGAAGCUACUAGUAAUGUUAUUUCUUGAGUCUGUCUGCAAGAAUUAAUGUUGUGCCAUUAUGUGAUUGAAAUAUAUGUGCAGAAAAUACUUAAUAAAUUAAUGCAAACAA